AUGUUUCAGCGGACCGCAACACCCCUCCAGCAGGCUCUACGUAGUAUCCUGCUGGCCGACAUGGCCAUGAACAAGGCGGUGGGGCCAGAUGAGUGGAUGGAGGCGGCCAAUCAGUGGAGGGAGGAGAUUGCCUCUGGAAAGAAGGCGGAGAAGAAGCUUUGGGAGCGGAAGCGACCUCUUGCUGAGGACUUUUUCUACACAUCAUACCCACCCGAGCCCAAACCGCGAGACGCGCGAAAUGCGCUUCAGCAAAGGAAAGAAGAUGUAAAAAAUCUUCAAAGCGAGAUCGAGAAGAGAGCUGAGUUGGGCGACAUUGAUCAAGGUCCACUCCCCCGCGCACAGCCUAGACACGGCAACAGUGUGGACAGGUCACUCAGAAUGCGACUGACCAUGAAAGAAGAACGCCUGGUCAGGGAGAAGAAGACGGAACAGUCUUAA